AUGGCACCACCCGUAGGAGUAACUGGGAGCGACCUCACCCGUAAGCAAUGGGUGUACGCGUUUGCGUUGGUGACAUCGUUGUUCUUCACCUGGGGCUUUGCAUACGGUCUUCUCGAUGUCUUGAACUCGCACUUCCAAACCGUCUUCGGAAUCGACAAGACACAGAGCACGCUCCUCCAACUGGCGUACUUCGGCGCGUAUCUCGUCUUCUCGCCCUUCGCUAGCCUUUUCAUGGAGAGGUAUGGGUACAAGAGAGGAAUCCACCUGGGUCUUUCCCUAUAUUCGCUCGGCGCCAUCUUCUUUUGGCCAUCGGCAAAGUUCGCCAAAUACGGAGGGUUUGUCGGCUGCACGUUCGUCAUCGGUUGCGGUCUAUCAUGCCUCGAGGUUGCGGCAAAUUCGUACAUCUCCAUCUUGGGGAGCCCCAAGUACGCUGCGGCACGGCUAAACUUCAGCCAAGGUUUCCAAGGCGUCGCUUCGUUCGCCGGCCCCAUGAUUGCUUCUCGCUGGUUUUUCCUUGGGAAGAAUGCCACGACCCUCGACACCGUCCAGUGGGUGUAUCUUGCGGUUGCGGGUCUCGGCGCUGUCCUCAAUAUCCUGUUCUACUUCUGCCCACUGCCUGAGAUCACGGGAGAUGCCUUGGCUCAGGAGAUGCACGAAGCGGGCAUCCUGGCCGAUGAACAACCGUUCCUCAAACAGUAUCAUUGUCUCUUCGGACUAGUCGCGCAGACCGCAUACGUCGGCGCCCAGGUGGCUGUCGCAGCCCUCGCCGUCAACUACAUCACGGAACAAGGCAUCGGUAUUGACAAGUCGCAGGCGAGCCAGCUCUUCUCGUACUGCCAGAUCACAUUCACUGUCGGCCGAUUCGUCGGAGUCGUGCUCCUCAACUGGGUGGAUCCCGCGCUGAUGCUGACCAUCUACUCGAUUGCAUGCAUGACGUUCGCCCUGGGAGUGACCUACGGUCCCGGGAAGGCCGGCGUGGGCUGUCUCUUCUCACUGUUCUUCUUCGAGUCCAUCUGUUACCCAGUUAUCUUCACCCUCGGCACGAAGAACCUAGGCAGACACACGAAGCGUGGCUCCGCUCUGAUUGUCAUGGGUGUCGGAGGAGGUGCCUGGUGGCCCCCAAUGGCCGGUGCAAUCGCCGACCACAUCUCCACCGCACAAUCGUACGUCAUCCCGUUCUCGGGGUACACGAUUAUGGGCAUGUAUGCAGUCGGCAUGGUCAUCUCGCAAGCACGCACUGGAGGCUUCCGAUUCCGCACUGUCGACGAGAUUGCGGAGAAGCGGGCGGAGCUCGACCACAGUCCAUCUCCUGCAGGUGGUAACAGGGAGUCGGAUUCCGUCACCGACAAGAAGGGGACUCAGGAGUUUGUCGAAGUCGUAUAGUACCGCCCCAAAACUUCCUGGAGUCUUUGGCAUUCCUCCUGUGCCCCGGCGUAUAUGCGCUUCCCUUGUCCUUGUCACGCAUAGGUAUACACGUACCGUUCAC